UUGGAUAACUUCCUCCUGACCGUGAUGGCCUAUGACCGGUUUGUGGCCAUCUGCCACCCGCUGCACUACACGGUCAUCAUGAACCCCCGGCUCUGUGGGCUGCUCGUUCUGCUGUCCUGGAUCAUCAGUGCCCUGCAUUCCUUGCUGCAAUGCUUGAUGGUGUUGCGACUGUCCUUCUGCUCAGACUUGGAAAUCCCCCACUUCUUCUGUGAACUCAAUCAGAUGACUCAACUUGCCCAUUCAGAGAACUUUCUUAACGGCUUAGUGAUAUAUCUGGCAACUGGGCUGCUGGGUGGUGGUCCCUUGGCUGGGAUCCUUUACUCUUACUCUAAGAUAGUGUCCUCCAUACGUGCAAUCCCAUCAGCUCAGGGGAAGUAUAAGGCGUUUUCCACCUGUGCGUCUCACCUCUCCGUUGUCUCCUUAUUUUACGGUACGAGCCUAGGCGUGUACCUCAGCUCUGCCGCCACGCACAGCUCACAGUCAAGUGCAGUCGCCUCCGUGAUGUACGCCGUGGUCACACCCAUGCUCAACCCCUUCAUCUACAGCCUCAGGAACGGAGACAUAAAGGGGGCUCUCAAAAGAUUCGCUGUGGUGGCAGGUAAACAAGGGACGAUCAUCCUGAGGCCAAAAAAGUAUCCUUGCUUUCUUGGCCCCAAGAAUCAAAACCAGAAAUUGUGA